AUGACGAUCUCCUAUCCAACAGUGUCGCCGCUUCGUUGCGGUUAUCUCUCGCCUCCAGCGUCAAAAUUCCUCGCGGAUGCGAAGGAAGGGGAGAAAUUGACCAUGCCGUCGAUGGCUUUCCUGAUUCAACAUCCCGCCUCAAAGUCAAAAAUUGUCUUUGACCUGAGCAUCCGGAAAGACUUGACUAAAUACCACCCUGGGCUACAAAAGCACCUCAAAACGAGGAAUCCUUUAAGCAGCCAAGACGAUGUGAAGUCAGCACUGGCGCUGGGAAACGUGGAUGUCUCACAGAUCGACUUUGUGAUCAUGAGCCACGUGCAUUGGGACCACGUGGGCACUCCAUCCGACUUCACCUCUGCGAUAUUUAUCGCCGGCCACAACACGGGCAAGCUCCUCAGAAAUGAAAUGGGACCAGACUUGGCAAAUCCCUUCUUUGAGCCCGACUUAUUGCCAGCGGAUCGCACGAUCGAAUUGCCGGCAACACCGAGCUCCAAGGCCGGCGAAGUGUUCGAUGAGGUUCGCGGGUGGCAUUGGCAGCCCAUGUCUCCAAUCCAAAAUGUCAUUGACAUGUUCAACGACGGCACUGUGUAUAUCGUGGAUAGCCCAGGUCAUCUGCCAGGACACUUGAAUGCUUUGGUCCGGGUGGCUGUCGACAAAUGGGUUUAUCUGGCUGCUGAUGCAUGCCAUCACAUGCGAAUCUUCAAUGGCGAGACUGACUUCGGGUCUUGGAAGGAUGACAAAGGCCGGACAGCCACAAUUCAUAAAGAUCUGGAGGCAGCAUACAAGACGCUGAACAUAAUGCGAAUGCUUCGAAGGGACGGGCUAAACGGUAUCCCGGUGGAGAUUGUCCUCGCGCACGAUGGAGAGUGGCAGGAAAGGAAUUCGGACAAAUUCUUCCCAAAUCAUCUGUAA